AUGGGUUCAGCAUACACUAUCUUAGGUAAACAAGUCCCAGCACAUGUUUUAUCCAUUCUUACAUUGGGUUCAGUUGCUGCAGGUGUUGCUAUUCCUAAAGUUUUGGGAAGUAACGAUGCGAAGAAGAAUGUUCCUGCUAAACCUGCUCCUCCAGUGGCUCAAAGUAAAGAAGACGACUUCGAUUUAGAGAAAUUCAUAAAUGAAUUGACCAAGGAAGAGACAAAGUAG